AUGUCUGGAAGAAGUGAAGAAGAACUUCACGCUUCUGCGGAGACCCCCGCCAAUGAUGUACCGCGGGGGCAGCGGCAUGCGAGGGCGGAACCCGAAAGAAGCGAUUCCACGGCACCCCCUGCGCAGCGCCGAAGGGUGGACGAGGCACCCGCACGACAACGCUGGACCCUCACCAGUACGGUGAAAGACGUGCUGCUGGAGGGAGUAGAUGCUACAGAACAAAUGACGCUAAACGACUUCAUUAGUAAGUACGUUGGCUCCAGGUUCGUGGUCGAUGAAGGCCGCGGUGUAAAAAUGUGGAUGUUUGCGCGUAGACCUGAGAGGUAC